AUGGAUCUGUCAGACGUCAGCGAUAUGCUCGAUCAAGCCGAAUCCGCAACGUCUCCUUCAACCGCCGAAGUCCUCACUGCUAUUGGACACGUGCUCGGUCGACUACAUAAUCUGGAACUGGCUGUCAACGAGCUGCUGAAGCGGUCUGAACCGCGAUCUUCCUGUAUUUUCUGCCCCUUGGCAGAAAACCGUGAUGGUCAUAACACCCCACGGUGCAACCGCUUCCCUGAUGCGGUUGCAAAAAGCAUGCAGGUGGCGAGGCUCGGCCUUUGUGGUCGUUGCCUCAAGCCAGCUCAUGCAGACGAUGACGACUGUGGUGUACAGUGCGCGGCGUGUGGGAGACCACACAACGUGCUCUUGUGCGCCAAUCGUGGACAAGCUGGCUUCAAGAGGCGACGACAAAACUGA